UAGACGGAAAUUUCUACAUUCUUGAAGUAAAUUGAAAAGCUGAAUUCACAUGAAUACUUCCGCUUCUUACGUAAAGCGCGGUCAAAGUCCUGAUUGUUCACUUAAAAACGCGGUAGGCGUACUCCUAAUGCUAUUUGCUAGGAGGAGAAGCGCGAAAAAUUUCAAAUCAAGCUUGAAAUUCUUGAAAUCUUACUUGAAAUGAAAGAAUGACAUUUGACAAUAUAGACAGCAGGUUCAUUGACAUGUGCUGUCAUCAUUGACACUAAUUGACAUUCAUGUCAUUCAUUAUAUAUAGACAAGCAAGACAGAAUUUUGACAGAAUAGACAUGGCAGAUGGUGGUGUUGGUGUGGGGACCGGAAAAUAUUGAAUAUAAUUUUAAUAAUUAAUUUAAGUACUAAAGCAUUGAUACCGAAUUAUUAUAUUGUUGAAAUUAAAAUGGGUAUUUUAGAAAAGAUUUCUGAGAUUGAGAGGGAAAUAUCUAGGACUCAGAAAAACAAAGCCACUGAGUAUCACUUGGGGCUUUUGAAAGCAAAAUUAGCAAAAUAUAGAUCCCAGUUACUGGAACCAUCCAAAAAAUCAGAGAAAGGAGAAGGAUUCGAUGUUCUCAAGAGUGGAGAUGCAAGGGUUGCACUCAUUGGAUUUCCCUCUGUUGGAAAAUCCACCUUACUUUCUACACUUACCAAAACUGAGAGUGAGGCAGCUUCUUAUGAAUUCACCACUUUAACUUGCAUACCUGGUGUGAUAGAUUAUAAUGGAGCAAAUAUUCAAUUGUUGGAUUUACCUGGGAUAAUUGAGGGUGCAGCUCAAGGAAAGGGAAGAGGUAGACAAGUUAUUGCUGUUGCCCGAACAGCAGAUUUAGUUCUGAUGAUGUUAGAUGCUACAAAAAAAGAUGUUCAUAGAGAUUUAUUAGAAAAAGAAUUGGAAAGUGUAGGCAUCAGGUUGAAUAAGAAAAAACCUAAUAUUUAUUUCAAAAUUAAGAAGGGUGGUGGUCUUUCCUUCAACUCAACAUGUCCCCUUACUAGAAUAGAUGAGAAACUGGUGCAACUGAUUCUGCAUGAAUACAAGAUUUUCAAUGCUGAAGUGCUCUUCAGAGAAGAUUGCACUGCUGAUGAACUAAUUGAUGUCAUUUGUGCCAACCGAGUGUAUCUUCCUUGUCUCUAUGUCUACAAUAAAAUCGAUCAGAUUUCCAUAGAGGAAGUGGAUAGGAUUGCUAGGACGCCCAACAGUGUUGUUGUUAGUUGCAACAUGAAACUGAACCUCGACUACCUCCUGUCGAUCCUGUGGGAGUACCUGAGCCUGAUCCGCGUGUACACGAAGAAGCCCGGCCAGCCGCCGGACUUCUCCGACGGGCUCAUCCUGCGGAAGGGCGUUACGGUUGAACACGUCUGCCACGCCAUUCACCGCACGCUGGCUGCCCAGUUCAAGUACGCCCUGGUGUGGGGCACCAGCACCAAGUACUCACCGCAAAGGGUCGGGGCUAAUCAUACUAUGCAAGAUGAAGAUGUUAUCCAGGUUGUUAAAAAGUGAAUCGAAUCUUUUGUACUUCUCGCUUGGUUAUUAAUGAAACGUUUAUUAAGUUCUGAAA